CGGUGCGGUGACGGCGGGGGGAGGGGCGCAGUCCAGCGGGCCGCCAGAGGGCAGCGGGAGUAGCAUCGGCGCCGUUCACUCCCCGUCAACCCCCGUCAUGCCCGGCAUCGACAAGCUGCCCAUCGAGGAAGCGCUGGAGGACAGCCCCCAGGUAACCCGUUCUCUGCUGGGAGUAUUUGAAGAAGAUGCUGCUGCAAUUUCCAAUUACAUCAAUCAGUUAUUUCAAGCGAUGCACAGAGUAUAUGAUGCACAGAAUGAAUUAAGUGCAGCAACUCAUCUGACUUCAAAGCUUCUGAAGGAAUAUGAGAAACAGCAUUUUCCGCUAGGGGGAGAUGAUGAAGUUAUGACUUCCACUUUACAGCAAUUUUCAAAAGUGAUUGAUGAGCUCAGCUCUUGCCAUGCAGUACUUUCAACUCAACUUGCAGAUGCAAUGAUGUUUCCUAUUACUCAGUUUAAGGAAAGAGAUCUAAAAGAGAUAUUAACUCUAAAAGAAGUUUUCCAAAUUGCAAGCAAUGACCAUGAUGCUGCCAUUACCCGAUACAGUCGGUUGUCAAAAAGAAGGGAAAAUGAAAAGAUCAAGGCUGAAGUUACAGAAGAUGUAUAUACUUCCAGAAAAAAACAGCAUCAGACUAUGAUGCAUUAUUUCUGUGCAUUAAAUACUCUUCAGUACAAAAAGAAAAUUGCUAUGCUAGAACCCUUGCUAGGAUACAUGCAAGCUCAGAUAAGUUUUUUUAAAAUGGGUUCAGAAAAUCUUAGUGAGCAGUUGGAAGAAUUUUUGACAAAUAUUGGCACAAGCGUACAAAAUGUUCGCAGGGAAAUGGAGUGUGAAAUAGAAAACAUGCAACAAACUAUAGAGGACUUGGAAGUAGCUAGUGAUCCACUGUAUUUGCCUGAUCCUGAUCCUACGAAAUUUCCUGUUCAUAGAAAUCUAACACGGAAAGCUGGCUAUCUCAAUGCAAGAAAUAAGACAGGGCUGGUAUCUUCCAUUUGGGAGAGACAGUUUUACUUCACUCAAGGUGGAAAUUUGAUGAGCCAAGCAAGAGGCGAUGUAGCUGGAGGACUUGUCAUGGAUAUAGACAAUUGCUCGGUAAUGGCUGUAGACUGCGAAGACAGACGUUACUGUUUUCAGAUAACAUCUUUUGAUGGUAAAAAGUCUUCAAUCUUACAGGCAGAGAGUAAAAAAGAUUAUGAAGAGUGGAUAUGCACAAUAAACAACAUAUCUAAACAGAUAUAUCUAAGCGAAAACCCUGAGGAAAUUGCUGCACGUAUAAAUCAGUCAGCUUUAGAAGCUGUUACUCCAUCCCCUUCCUUCCAGCAGAGGCAUGAGAGCAUACGUCCACUUGUACAAUCUCGUCCUACUGCAGCUCAUACUAGCAGCACAGGGUCAGUGGGAUCUGAAUCAGCAACUUUAUCUGCACUUUCCUUGGAUUCACUUGUUGCCCCUGACACUCCUAUACAAUUUGACAUAAUAUCUCCAGUUAGUGAAGAUCUGCCUGGUCAAGCAAAAUCUUCAGGGCAGGCAGGCAGACGUGCAAAUCCUUUUGGUGAAUCUGGAGGCUCAAAAUCUGAAACAGAAGAUUCAAUUCUUCAUCAGUUGUUUAUUGUAAGAUUUCUUGGCUCUAUGGCUGUGAAGUCUGAUGAAAGUCCAGACGUUGUUUAUGAAACAAUGCGUCAAAUAUUAGCAGCUCGGGCUAUCCAUAACAUUUUCCGGAUGACAGAAUCACAUUUAUUGGUCACUUGUGACUGUUUAAAGUUAAUCGAUCCACAGACACAAGUUACAAGACUACGAUUUCCUUUGCCCAAUGUAGUCUUGUACGCUACACACCAGGAGAAUAAGCGCCUCUUUGGAUUUGUGCUGAAAACUUCAGGAGGGAGAGUUGACAACCGCCAAACUUCCAUCUGCUAUAUAUUUGAAUCAAAUAACGAAGGGGAAAAGAUUUGUGACUCCGUUGGACUGGCAAAACAGAUAGCUCUUCAUGCAGAACUGGAUCGAAAAGCAUCAGAAAAGGCAAAAGAAAUAGAGAGAGUCAGAGAGAAACAACAAAAAGAAUUAAGUAAACAAAAACAAAUCGAAAAGGAUUUAGAGGAGCAAAGCCGAUUGAUAGCUGCUUCCAGCAGAUCAAACCCAAGUGGUGGAGAAGGACACUUUGUAGUCCUUAGCAGUAGCCAGUCAGAAGACAGCGAUUUAGGAGAAGAUGGAAAGAAGAAGAAAGAAUAUGAAACCUAAGGUUGCCUACUUAAUUAAAAUUGGAAUCAUGGAUAUAAGUUCUACAAGAAGUGAAAUGUAAGUGGAGGGUCUGUUGUAUUGUAUAAAGGUAAAAAACUACAUGAUGUGUAGACCCGUAUAUGCCUUGAUUUUUCUUUCUCAAUUAAGUUAUUUCUACUUUCAUGUCAGUAUAAUUUCUCUUUUGUACGCCAGAUAAAGCAUGGUGAUGCUACCGUGUUUAUUACAAAAUUGUUUUCUCAAAAAAUUCUCUGCAGUAUGGAAAAACUCUUACAUUUUUUCCCUUUUACCUGCCUGUGUAAUUGACUGCUUUUGAAUCAAGACUUAAAACUCUGACUAUUCUUAAACAGUAUGGUGAAAUUUAUUCUUUACACAAGUAUGCAGAACACCUUGCUGGAAACAAAAGUGGAUGCCUAAAUAAGGCAGUGCUAAGCUUUAACAUAACUUGUUGCACAGAACUGUCCUUAGAAAGAAACAUCCCUAUUAACAUCAGUGAGAUGUGCAAUAGUUCUAGACAGGAAGAUCAUAUUUUUUUUGUUUCGUAUUGCACAUCUUGAUUUUUUUUUUUCUUUUUUUUUGUGUAUAUAAUGCUGGAAGGCUUCUUUGAACAGGAAAGAAAAAAAUACUUUGUCAGACCUAUAUAAAAACUGAAAAGAUGCAGUUGCACUACACUGCGUGAGGAAUGUAUAAAACAUUCCUUAUCAAACAGUAAGAAUAAUGUAUAUAUUCUUGUAGCAGAAGUGCCGUGUUCUUGGUUUUCCCCACUAUAUGAAAUAAGAAUCUGUGAGCUUUUGAGUUCACUUUUUUUAUAAAACAAACAAACAAACAAAAAAAAACAUGCUUAGAGUUGCAGGAACAUCUUGAAUUUUAUCAUUUGAAAAAUCUUCUGAAUCUAUAAAUGCCUUGCUACCAGUACACUACGUUUACUGAAAAUGAGUUAAGGCUUUUAAAGACUUUUUAUGGAGCUGUAUUUUGCAAACAGAAGUAAAAGACUAUGCUAGUCUACAUCCUAGAAUCAAAUCCCAUAACAUGUUUUUCAAAGUAAUGCCUGUUUAUACCUUGUAAGCCUGAACUCCAUGGUUCAUACCCUGUGUAACAUUUAUUUUGUAUAAUACUAAAUGUGCAUUCAUCUUUGGAUCCAGAAGAGAAAACUUGUUUGAAGUAAAAAGAAAUAUUUAUUUUUGCACUAAUUACUGUAAGUACUAAACUCCAAUGAUACAGUUCUCUCUCUAAUAGGGGCCUGAAAGUAAUAGGAAAUGUAGAAAGAAAAUACUUAUAUUCCAAGUUGUAUUAUAAGUUAUGACUGUUUUACAGUUUAUUGCAGGGUGUUUCUGGUGUUCAGGAAUUGAAGCAAUUUUCAGAAUAUUUCCCAUCAGCUGGUGAUGGCCCAGUCCUUUAGAGCUAGAGUUGGUUGGCACUGAUUAAGUAAGGGAGGAAGCUCAGUACCUCUCUGCUAAGCAUCUGUAGGUGCACAGAGGGAAUGCUAUCCUUAACUCUCCUCACACACAGGAGUAGCGGCUAACAAUGGCAAUCUCCUCCUGUUCUUUCUGCUGGAGAUGAAAAGUUCUAUGCAGAAACUUAACUGCAUCUGGAUCCUGUAGCAGGAGAGAGAAGGGAGCAGUGCCUGCUGCAGGAAUAAGUCUGCUCUGCUGGGGCUGCUACUGCAGCAGAAACUAGAGUAGCUUGCGUGAUGCCGCAGGCCCCAUAGCAUAUAGAAGAGACUGAGCAGCUGUGGAAGUGGUCACAAUAUUCCUACGUUAAAAGAGGAGGUGGUGUGGGAGACCGAGCAACGAAGAGACUUAAGGCGCUCUUCCUUAGGUAGUUAGCAGCUCCGGUUCCAGAAUGUUUCAUCCCCACUGUAGCCAGUUGCAGAAGUAACUGCUUUCGGUGUUGCCCAGUCACGCCCAAUAGCAUCAGCCUGUGGCCAGAUUUGGCCAGCACACCGUCGCAUGGAUCAUACAAAACUGAGGCUUUUUUGUUUAAAAAAAAAAAAAAACAACAAAAAAAAAAAACACAAAAUUUAAAUGGCAUUUUUACUUUGUUUGUAGUCUUGUAUUGUCAUCUCAUCUGUAAGAUACUGUUUUUAUUUAUUCAAAAAAAAGUACAGAAAGGCAGCAGAUGCAUCUUUUCUUUUUUCUCCUUUUUGUGCCUAAAUACAGGCUUACAGAUAAACUGGCUGCCAUGCAACUAUUUCUGGAAAUUGAUCUAGUUUGUGUUUCUUUCUCUUAUGGUCUUUUUUUUUUUUUUUUUUUGCUGCACCAUUUCUGCUUUCUAUCAAUAAAAUACAUGUAUCAUGCUAGCACAGCUCAUGGUUAUUGCGUCUUCCUUAAGUACACGGUGAAGAUGAAGUAAGUAUGCAACACCUCAGGAAGAAUGUGGUUAGUGGUAUCCAGUUUCUAGAAUCUAGUCACCAAACUGUCAGAGUAAGAUUAGCUGCAAUAGCCACCGCUCCACUGGGAAGACAGAUAAUAGAUUAGCAAGCUCACCUCGUAUUAUUGCAGAAACUAUUUUUUCAAGUACACAGUCUUAAAAGAAUGUUGCAUAGGUCAGCAGUGUUUUUUUAGGACUAAGUUACGUUGCUAAUUCCAGCCGAACAGUUACUGACUUUUUUUCCAUUGCGUAAGGGAUAUUAAGUUUAUUACACUAUGUAGACCAUGCAGGUCUUGCUGUCAGUUGUUUCAAGCUACAUAAGUUCUUUAUGUAUAUAACGUCAUGAAUAUCAAAACAUAAAAGAAGCAUGAGCAAACUAUGGAAAUGCAUUUUAUUGCAUUACAGAUAAUACCUAGCACUCCUUUUAUGGCCAGGAAUAUAUUUCUUGAAGUCUAAACCAGAGGACAAGUUAACAGUCAUAUGCAAUUUAGCCACACAGAACUGGUAACAAGUGUGUUGUAUAAACUAACGUGGAUUUGACAGUCUGUUAUUUCCUUAAUCUUUUUAGGUUUUAAACUAUAUCAAGACAAUUUAAGAUAUUAACAGUCAAGUAAUGUUUAAGAGUUCAGAAAUAUUUCCCUUCUACAGUCCAGUCAAAUUUCAUCUUCAUAUGGAUGUGAACCCAUAGCUAAAAAACCUAACACUGCAAAACCGUUUAUAAAGAUGUAAUUGAUGUACAUUGAUAUACAGAAACAAAACUGACUGUGCAUAUCUUUAAGGUGAAUUCUGAUGAAUUACAGUUGCACAGAAUGUAGGAGAAGCCACUGGAGGAAGUUUUGUUAUAUAGUCUCUUAUUAUUUCAGAAUUCACAGAGAAUGAAAAUCUUCCUCUGAUUACUGAGUUUAAUUGAGAUAACAUCUAGUCUAAGAACAAGAGCUGAUAUUUUAUAUUAUUUCCUUUGCUCUAUUUUAGAAAACUUCUUGCAAGUCUAUCAGUCUCCGAGGCUUUUUUUUUUUUUUCACCCAGGCAGUAAGUUGUGUUUUUUUUUCUGUCCUGCCACAGUGGUAUCUAAGUUAUUAUGACAUGAGUAAGUUGUUGUGUCAUUAUGAAUGCACUUGUAUCCCUAAUGGAGUCCAUGUUGCAAGCCAAUGAUUUUGUACAAUCUUUCAGGUCAUUUUUAUAAUACAGUGGAGUGGUCAAAUUCUUACAAUGAUGUUCUGGAUGGGUCCUGUUCUAGUGAAAUGUGAUUUUUGCAAUGUUUGAGACUUACACGCUUUUUCCCUGAAUAGCUGUAUUAAAACCUCCACUAGUAUACUUAAUUCAGCUUUGAUUGUUGUCUUAAUCUUGGAAGCAUGAAUAGUAAAUUAUGUAUUAUGCCAGAGCUUCAGUCAGCAUUUUGUAGGUUAAAUAAAAGCUUAAGUAUAAUAACUUCCAGGGGGGAAUUUGUACUGAUGCGAAAGCUGCCUGCUUAUUUCAUAAUACUGAUUUUGAGGAAGCACCAUUAUUGGUGACGAUGCAUUCCCUCCCACUGAAUGAAGUUUUAACAUGCAGUUGAAUCCCUCUGUUGUCAAACGAUAUUUCAAUUCCCUUAAGUUUAAUCAUAUUAGCCAGAUAUACUCAGAGGAAGUUGCUGUACUUGAGAAUGCUGAUAACUUCUGCAACAAUCAAAGACUGAACAUUAGAAGAAAAUCCUUACUCUCUUAGCUGGCUGUUUUAGUGCACAUGUUGCUCUAGUUACCUGACGAUGUGUAGCACGUUAUACAGAGCUGUCGUUAUGGUAAUGAUCAGAAUUAAUGUGUACAGAAGCUAUACCACCACAACUAUUAACAUGGGUACUUACAUAUUUUCACUGGCUUCAUUAGUUUUCUUAAUUACAUGACAGGCACAGUGUAAAAAGCAAGGGGUCAUAACUACAUUAUGGUUAAAUUUGUAUUUUAUAAGAUUUGUAGAUUUUUCUGGAGAAAAGCAGACUUUUCAAUUAUGUAACUUUAAGUGAAUACAGAUGCAUGUAUAACGAGAAAAUCUAUGCUUACCUGAUAAUGAAGGAAUAAAUAAAUACUAUUAAUACCACA